AUGGGCGAAAGCCCAGGGCCGGAGCGGCGAAACGGCGAUUGCGACGAGAUGCCGCCGCCGGAGUCGCCGACCGCGCCCGCCGCACCACCGCUGCCUCCGCCCAACAACAGCCAGAAAACUCGGUCCAUCGUCGUCUCCCUGACACCGGAGCGGCAGCGUGAGACGUGGGCCAAAAAGGCAGAGUUUCUCCUGGCGGUGGUGGGCUUUGCCGUGGACCUUGGCAACGUUUGGCGUUUCCCUUACAUCUGCUAUCAGAAUGGCGGUGGUGCUUUCCUCAUCCCUUACUGUGUGAUGCUUCUAUUCGGCGGUCUACCUCUUUUCUUCAUGGAACUGGCUUUAGGACAAUAUCAUCGAUGUGGCUGUCUCACUCUAUGGAAAAGAAUCUGUCCUGCUCUAAAAGGUGUAGGUUACGCUAUAUGCAUGAUCGACAUCUACAUGGGCAUGUAUUACAAUACUAUCAUCGGCUGGGCAGUGUACUACCUGAUAGCGUCGCUAGCCUCCAUCAACUCCGUCCUCCCCUGGACCAGCUGCGACAACGAGUGGAACACCCCCCUGUGCAUGCCUGUCACAUCGCCCCAAAUCAAUCCAAAUGCUACUACCCCCGCUAAGGAGUUCUUUGAGCGUAACGUGUUGGAGCAGCAAAGAUCAAACGGUUUGGAUAAUAUGGGCCCAAUCAAACCAUCUCUCGCCCUGUGCGUCUUCGGCGUGUUCGUUUUAGUUUACUUUUCUCUGUGGAAAGGAGUCAGAAGUGCUGGAAAGGUGGUAUGGGUAACAGCGUUAGCUCCAUACGUGGUGCUCUUGAUUCUUCUUGCGAGAGGCGUAACACUACCCGGCGCUACUGAAGGCAUCCGGUACUAUCUCACCCCUGAAUGGCACAAGUUACAGAACACUAAGGUAUGGAUCGAUGCAGCUUCCCAAAUCUUCUUUUCUCUGGGACCCGGCUUCGGUACUCUAUUGGCGCUGUCCAGCUACAACAAGUUCAACAACAACUGCUACCGUGACGCUCUCAUUACAUCUUCGAUUAACUGCCUCACUAGUUUCCUUGCUGGAUUUGUAAUAUUCUCAGUUUUGGGGUACAUGGCACAUGUUCAAAACAAGAGUAUCGAGGAAGUAGGCCUCGAAGGACCUGGGUUAGUUUUCAUCGUGUACCCUGAAGCUAUCGCCACUAUGACCGGUUCCGUCUUCUGGGCCAUCAUCUUCUUCCUUAUGCUGAUCACAUUGGGGCUAGAUAGUACUUUUGGAGGAUUGGAAGCAGUCACCACAGCCUUGUGCGACGAAUACCCACGAGCACUCGGCCGACAUCGAGAGAUAUUCGUCGCAUUUUUACUACUCUUCAUCUAUAUUUGUGCUCUACCCACUACUACUUACGGCGGCGUAUACUUAGUAGAUCUACUCAACGUAUACGGUCCAGGGUUGGCCAUUCUAUUUGUGGUGUUUGCGGAAGCCGCUGGAGUGUGCUGGGUGUAUGGGGUCGACAGGUUUUCGGAAGACGUGCGAAGUAUGCUCGGACACAAGCCUGGCUGGUUCUGGAGGGCGUGCUGGUCAUAUAUCAGUCCAGUAUUUCUACUCGUCCUGUUCGUGUUCUCCGUGUUGGCACACGAAGAGAUGUUGGGCGGCGAGUACAUAUACCCGCGCUGGUCCAUCGGAGUGGGCUGGCUCAUGACGGGCACCACCGUGUCUUGCAUCCCGCUCUAUAUCCUGUACAAACUGUGCAUUACACCGGGCAGUCUUGCUACUCGCAUCAAAAUAAUAAAGCGUCCAAUCGAGACCACAAUACCGCCAGCAGACCAAAAUCGGUACGAGUCCCAAUUAGAAUCGAUAGCGAAAUGGCUGAGUUGCAACGGGGAGGUGUGGGGGAUGGGCCCCACGGUCGUGUUCGCGAGCGCCGCCGCCCUCUUCCUCUACAACGAGCUGGAGGCGACCGUGUUCCUAGCUGGCGAUCACACGCGAGUGUCGCUGAUGGAGAAGACCCUUAUAUCCACAAUGAUCCUGGGAAUGCUGGCGCUGAUGAUCCAUCUUUGGGUGUGCUCAAUGCGCUUCUUUCAGUACUAUCUGGACACCCUUAUUAAAGAUAGCCCGAGCGUGCUCCUAGAAAUGACAACAGCGGGUUUCCUCGGCCAGUCAGAAAUAAUUCCUCUAGGACCUUUGACGAGGUUUCUAAAGCAGCAACAGCCCCAAAUCCACAUCACAGUCUGCUGGUUCCUCUCCCUCUGCUACGCGGACUACGUGCGCAAACAUUAUUGCCAACGAUUCAACAUGCCAUAUCUGGAGCAGUGGCAAGCCGAACUGCACGAGCGCGCGUCCCGCGGCGUGUACACCACCAUGCAGAAGGUGAACAGCCUCGUGGGCUCGCUGCACCGCCGGCUGCGCGGCUACACAGGCCCACCGAGUGACGUACACACGUACGACGUUACUAUGAGUGAGAGCGCACCCCCCAAGCCCUCGGCGGUGGAGCUCCGAGGAGCGGCCUGGACGCCGAGCCGCUCCGCGUGCUCGCUGUGCUCCCGCGCCGGGCGCUGCGCGCGCGUCCUCAGCCAGUCCAGCGAGACCGCUGAUACCAUUGAGAAACUCAGAAAAUAUAUUGCGCUUCUAGUUCGCGCGAAAUGUGGUGAAAGCUAUCUAUCAAUAGUACCGACAUUCAUAUGGACGAUUGGUGCCGCAGCGCUCGCGCACAGACUCAUAUCAGCAAUGUUUAGGAGAUUUAUGUUCAGACGUGUGCCACUGUGGGAAGUUGUCAUACAGGAGGAAGGUUCAACAUUGACCAUCGAAGAUAUAGAAAGUUGUAAAAUAAUGCAACAGUGGAUGAUCUGGAUGUGUGCGAUAGCGCCUCUCGCUAUCUACGUACAGACUCGACCUAAGCCUGUCGCACCACCGCUCAUGAUAUGGAUAACUGCAAGUCCUUGGCAACGUAGGGAGAUGGGGGCCUAUGGGUACUAUCUCAACAGACCGUUCUCCUCGCUAGAACAAUCAGCGAAUGUAUCUAUUCGAUUACAAGCCCUCACACUUAGAAAAGCCUUCAGCGAUUCUAAAACUAUUAUAAAAGAACCGCCAAGAAAAAGACGAAAUUCGAAAUCUAUC